UGGAAAUGGCCACGCAAGCGAGUGGAAUCAUAACAUUGCAUUGAAGUGUCUUUACUUAUCCUCUUAUCGUAUAAUUUCAGCUUUUUCAUUUAACUUUUUCCAUGGCGGCUGUUUCUAACUAUCUUUGACAAGCGGAAGUUACAGAAAAAGUUAAAUAUUUUUGCCUGUGGUGCUAUGAAAACAUGUUGCUUGUCGCUGUGAAAGCUAACCGACAGCAGCAGCAACUAGCUAGCAAAUGGCUGUUCGGCUUUGAUGUCUCUCACCGUGCAAAGUAAGCGAACUACUGUCACCUUAUACACACUAGCUACUUGAAAGCAUGUGAUUGUGAUGUCUUAAUUCACAAGCUAUCUUCUGCACAUCUCUUGCGUUGGCUAGUGGGCUAAAUGUGACGCUAAAGCAGGAAUUCACAGCUAAAUAACGGCCUGGUUGCUCAUGGAGGAGGUCCUUGGGCGCCUGACAUGAAGUUCGAUGUGUUUUUUCAGAUGACAAGAAGACGAGCAAAGCAGUGAGACGGUUAGCUAACAGUAUGUGACACACAAGCACUCUGCUCACACCCCCCCAAAAGUUGUUUUUUUAAAGAUGCCUCGUCUGGAAGAGUUGGCCAACGUUGCCCUCAGGGUGCCGAGUAUACUGGUGCUGGACCUGCUGUAUAAAUGUGACAUAGAAGGGUUAACGGAGCACAUCAAGGCCAAAAAUGAAGACCUGCUUUUCAAAUACAAAUAUGUCAUCUGGAACAUGUACUACAUUGGUCAUCUGAUAAACGUGGUGGUGUUGGUUCUGCCAUUGAGACACAUUGUGAUGCUCUACCUCCAUAUCCUCGCUGCCAUGCUCCUAUACAUGGGGCAUCAGAUUUCUAAGGAUUAUGUUCGUGAGGAGCUGCAGUACGGCUUUGAAGGAGCAGUGUACCUUGACUCUCUGGCCUUCAACAGAUUUGUCUCUGCAAUGACUAGUCAGAUUAUUCUCAGCACGCUGUGUGCUUUCCUGAUGAAGACCAGAAAGGUGUGGUUGUUCUCUGCUCACAUGCUCCCCCUGCUGGCCAGAUUCUGCGCUGUGCAUCACACCACGCUGUUAACCGUUAACACUUUCUCCAUGGGACUGACCGGAGUUGGAAUCACCGUGUUCCUCCUCUCACAUGUCUUUGUGCCAUAUCGCCUCGCAAAGGCUGCCUAUUCAGAGCUGCUGCAGCUGGAGGUGAUCGAGCUGUACAGACUUCUGGCUGUGGGAAUCUCUCUGUGGAACCAGUUUGCCGUCCCAGUGCUCUUCAGUGUCUUUUGGUUUGUUCUGUUCAUCGUCCAGCUGUGCUCAGACACCAUGUCUGGCCACGCCUCUGCAGGCCAUCAGGGAAUCAUGUUCUUCCUGCUCACCAGUGUCUCUGAAUGCUGUGCCACACCGUACUCUCUUCUGGGUCUGACCUUUGUGGUGUCCUAUCUCGCUCUUGGACUACUCAACCUAUGCAAGUUCUACUUGGGAGGUUAUGCAGGGGUUCAGAAUGACAACGUCAUGCACAGAGGUGUGACCGAGGGCGUCACUCUGCUCCUGCUCGCUCUCCAGACGGGCCUGUUAGAUAUGCAGGCACUGCAGCGCACCUUCCUCCUCAGCAUCAUCCUCUUCAUCGUGGUGACUUCAACCCUGCAGUCUAUGAUCGAGAUAACAGAUCCAGUUAUUCUGGCCCUGGGGGCGUCCCGCAACAGGAGUGUGUGGAAACACUUCCGUGGCCUCAGCAUGUGUCUCAUUCUUCUGGUUUUCCCUGUCUUUAUGGCUUAUAAAAUCUCCCAGUUCUUCCACAUGGACUUCUGGCUCCUUAUACUGGUGUCCAGCUGCAUGCUGACCUCCCUUCAGGUUACAGGCACUAUGCUGAUCUACUCCCUCUUCAUGGUGGAGCUGUUCCGCAGCGACCCGAUCGAGAGCCUGGACGAGGUGAUCUACUGGGUGAACGCCGUCAGCAGGGUGCUGGAGUUUGUGGUGGCGCUCUGCGUGGUGGCGUACGGCACCUGGGAGUCGCUGUUCGGCGAGUGGAGCUGGAUGGGCGCCUCCGUCAUCAUCAUCCACUCUUACUUCAACGUUUGGCUCCGAGCUCAGUCUGGCUGGAGGAGCUUCCUGCUCAGACAGGAAGCGGCAAAGAAGAUCAACUCCCUCCCCAGAGCCACGGCUCGACAGCUGCAGCAGCACAACGACGUCUGUUCCAUCUGCUUUCAGGAAAUGAGCUCUGCUGUGAUUACAUACUGCGGCCAUUUCUUCCACGGCAACUGCCUCCGCAAGUGGCUGUAUGUGCAGGAGACCUGCCCCAUGUGCCACCAAACAGUCCGACCCACCCUGAGCAGUCAGAGCCCCGCUUCAGGCGACGCUCCGGCUGCUCCAACUCCAACUCAGAGAGACACGGGCCCCGGUCUGGCUGCACAAGAGGGAGAUCAGAACCAGGACAACGGCGCGUCCCAAGAAACGCAGAGCGACGCUAUAACUCCUGAUCCCACCGAGGAGCGGGAGGAGACUAAAAGCUUUGAGGAUGGAGAUUGUGGGUGCAAAGAUAAAGACAAACCCACUGAAAAUAACAGGGAAGCUGUCCAAGGUCUUUGUUUCAGCUCCAGUGGAGACUUUGUUGGAUUUGUCAGCCCAGUGUCAAGCUGCUCUUCAGGGGGGGAUUUUAGUCCCCAUGUGCUGCUGGGUAAAAAGUCUCCUCCUAACAUGGACGACGAAGGAGAGGAGAGUGGCAAGGACUCACCGUCGCCAUCGACUUUUAAUGAGUACACGGUGGAGAGCCAGUCUGACUCUAAUGGAGCAGAGCUUGAAGACAUCAGUACUUUGUGGCCUAGAGUUGCACAGAAUGCCGAUGGUAAUAAACAUGACAGCUGUGAAGGGAAAUCUGAAUCAUGGAACAGCUUUGAUUCACCAGAAUCGAACAAAAAACAUGAGGCAUCUGGUGUGAGCCCGUCUGUCAAAUCAUGUAAUAAAAACUCAGGACUCUUAGACUGCAUUGACGAUCCUCCGAGUCAUAAAGGAAACGACACAUAUUCAGACUUGGACCUGGAUGGGCCCGGAGAGGCUGAAACGGUCUCAGAGACGCCUCGGCUGUCCUCCGAUGCCUCCUUCUCUUGCACAAGCACAGACAACAGCGACUGACUGCCUUGCAUCAGUGCCUUGACGGUGUAAAAGGGUGACACACCCCCCCCUCUCUCUCCCCAUAAUAGGGAAAUAAACACAUUUGCCUUCUCUCUGUGAACCAAUCGUAAAAUGUCUUUUACCAGACAUUGUGAUGAAUGUGCUUGGGUUUAGCAACUAACAUGCAUCUGAAUGAAUAUAGAGACUAAAUUGUGUUGGGUUAAAAUGAUACCCUUAUUGUACAACUGUAAAAAAAAAAAAAAAAAAAAAAAAAGGAUAUAUAUUAUAAUUCAUAGUGUGUAACUAUAAAGCCAUUAUCUUGCAUCAAUAUUUACCAAAUUCUAGCAGGUUACAAGUAAAGAUGUUUACUUAGUGAAAUUAAAUUGCAUUUGAUUCAUGUUUCCCAGUAGUUCUCAUGUAUUGAAUUUUUGUGAAAGCAAAUUGGCAAAAGGAAAAGUUUCAGCAUUUGUCUUUGUUAUUCAUGAAUCAGCCGUAUGUGCUGCAAAGGUUAUCUGUCUCCCAGUAUUAAUUUUAUUUUAUUUAUUUUUUACCAUAGUUUCUGUAUUAAAAAAUCAUGACAGGUGAGCCUAACAUUGUGUGCCAGAUUUAUACAUUCUAAACAGAAUUAUGUCGCCGUAAACUUAAGAGAAAUGUUUGUCUGAGAUGUUGAUUCGGAGAUAUUAAAGCAUUCUGCAUCACUGUUAUUUCAUAGGUAUCUACUAUGUCCUACCUUGCACAUAGUUAGUAACAUACAAAGUGUUUUCUUUUUGAUAUCUUUGCCAAUGUUGAUAUUUAUAUAUGAACAUAUGAACCUUUUAUCGAUAGCAUACGUUUUCCACAACAGUAGGGUCUUCUUCAAAACAUUUUUUUUAUUGUAACAAUUUUUAAUUUCUUUAAACAUUGAAAUUACAGUAAGUAAAAAUAAAUCCCUCUGCCAAUCUUGACUGAAACUGAAAUAUUUACAAUGAAUGUGACCCAUAUCAUUGCCAGACUAUUAACUCCCAUUCCUCUCUGUGCAUUGUGUACUGUAUUCCUAUGCUGGGAUGUUACAUGGCUCCAGGUUUGCUGUAUAGUAUAGUGAUUUAAUUAAACAGUGCAGUAAGCACAUUAUCAGCCAAA